AUGAAUGGAAAAAUAACUGAAAUUGAAUUUAAAGACUGGAGUGGAAAAAUUAGGCAAUUAGGAUUAGAAUUAAUUCUAAAUAGUGGACAUCUGCUUUUUAGGAACAAACAAGAAGAAGAGGAUUUUAAAGAGCUUUUAGCAUUAUUAAAAGUUUAUAUUGAUAAAGGCGAAAUAGAAUCAGUUUUUUUCGGACAACAAGUUUUCCAAAGAUUAAAAGAACACUGUAUUGCUAAUGGUUACUAUGACCCUAAUUCUCCUCCUGACUUGGCAUUGCUGAAACAAAGAAUGGAAAAGGCAUUAAAAAAAAUUAUUGGGGAUAAAUAUAAGGAAUUUAUCAAGGAGGACCAAGACAUUCCACGCGAUUUUGAUUUCUUAGCCGAAGACUACAUAGGUAGGUUAGAAAAAUUAAUUAGUUUGAAAGAACAAGCCGAAAGUCAAAAUACUCCUCCGCCAACUAGUUAUCAGAAUAAUUUAGAAAGAGAAAUUAAAGAAUUAGAAAGGCAAGUGAAGGAUUUAGAAAGGUUGUUGGGGGAAACUUCUAACUCUUCCCAAGAAGGUACUUAUAAGCGUUUAUUAGAGAUUAUUCGAGGAGAUUUAGAAGAAAAGAGAAAAAAUAAUAACCCUUCCCAAAAUCAGCCUGAUUCAAAUAAAAAAUUGAUUAUUUCUAUUGCCAUAGGAGUAGGAGCAGCGACAAUUGCGAUUAUUCUUAUUUCUCUUGUUGCUAUUGCUGCUAAUAAAAAGAGAGAAGAAUAUUAA